AUGGGGAACCAGACUGGUAAGUUUCGCCGCCAGGAUCGUGGCAGAAUUCUGAUAUUGGGUUUAGAUGCCGCAGGUAAAUCUAGCAUUCUGUGUUAUUUCAAACCGGGUGAAAGAAUUAAUGUUGAAGCAGUUGAGGUCAGUGCUGAGAAUGUGAUGAUGUGGAUUGUUGGCACCCGGGACAGAAGUAGGCCGCUCUGGAAAUAUAUCUACCCAAACAUCCAGGCUCUGGUUUUAGUUGUCGAUAGUGUCGACAAAGAGAAAAUUAUGGAAGCAAGAGAUUUUCUCCAUAGUUUUUUGAUCGUUGAUGAUUUGAACGACGUUCCUAUGGCGAUCGCUCUCAAUAAAAGGGAUUUUCCAGACUGCAUGACAAGAGAAGAGAUGGUGGAAAAGUUAGAUUUGGGAAAAAUUCAGGAACAGAGACCUUGCGAAACUUUUCUCACGACAACCAAACCAACUUCUGAUGUGGACACGGAGAAUGAUAAAUUUCUUGAGUGGAUUACUAGAGAAACUGGAAAAAGUCAAAAUGAAUCUCCAAAAAAUAAAAAAGAUAAGGUUUAG